AUGGCCACUACGAAAUCGUCUGCGCUGAACGCGGCCGCCCUGUUUACGGGUGGCGCCUUUGUUGGUGCGGCUCUCUACACGGUGGCUCGCUCCCUCGUGCAGGCGUCGAUCACCAAGACGCCGAAGAGUCAGGUCAAGCUCGUUGAAGCGCCGCCCAAGGCGCCGGGCCCCGAUCAGGACGAACAGGGCCUGUAUGUAGCGCCCGUCGAGUCGGACGCAGCGUCGAUGUACGACGUGUGCGGUGUGAUGGGCCAGCCCUACGAGCCACGUAGCGCGAUCCCAGCUGUGCAGCCACAGGACACGCACGUGGAUCUUGGCACAGACACCACGCUGGUCUCGGACGUGCAAGACCUGCCGAACCUCAACAAGAACAUGCUCACACUCAGUCUUCUCGUGAUGGAGAUGCUGGCGCUCGAGUACAGCGGUACGAUCUUCACGUACGAAAGCAGCUCUACGGGCUUUGGUGCAUUUUGCGAGUCGCAGCAUGAUAAGCGAGUGAUUCCCAUGCAGACGCGCGCAGGUGCCGGUCAGGCCGUCGUGGGUUUCGUGGCCGGCCAGGGCAGUAGCGGAAGCGCUGUGCCGAACAGCAGCUCGACGGUCACGGUGCUGACGAAUGCCGCCGGUUUCCUCGCGAUGGGUCCGUCGCUCGCGACGAUCCCCGCUGACAACACGGAUCUCGUGGUGCAUGUGUCGGGCAUCAACCAAGGCAUGCAUGAUGACUUGCGUGUGGCUAACGACUAUGCCUCGGCGCUCUCCACGGCCGCCAUGCUGAGCGAUGUCGGCUACGAGGUGGUGCUAUCCGCCUCGCGUCAGGAGGCCAUCGACGUCGCCCACUAUGCGUACACGCGCCAGACGAAGCGUGCAUUCGUGCACAUUUUCGAUGGUGCGUAUGCGGCGUGUGAGCGCAGUGUUCUGUCGCCACCGUCGUCUAAGGUGCCCGAACCAUGCACGUACACGGGUCCAUCGGCGCCUGCCACCGCACUCGUCAUGCCUCAUGGCGCCAUGUCGCAUCGUGCGCGUGCGCUCCUCUUGUCACUGCCGCCUCAUUUGCGCGGUAAAGUAGGCAUUGUGAGCGUCCGCAGGCUGGGCUCGUGGGACGCUGCUGUGCUGCGUCGGGCCGUCCCUACGAGUGUGCAGACUCUGCGUGUCGUCGAAGAGGCGUUCUCCUCGACGGAUGGCGCUCUCUAUGCAGACGUACUCGAGUCGGUGCUUAGUGGUGCUCUGCGUGGCGUGCGUGCUCAGUCGCUCGUGCUCGCACCUGGCCAGGCGCUGUGUCCCGAGGCAUGGCACGCGCUGCUGAGCCUCGCUGCUGAGCAGGCAGCGCCGUUGUCGCUGAAAGAUGUGCUCGCGCGCGCUGCAGCCGUGCAAGUGCCCGAUCUCAUGCCGUUCUCCAACUCUCACCUCGUCACUUUCGUGGGCACCGAUGCUGGUGUGUCUGUGCCGACGGCCGAGCUGCUGGCGCGCUCGCUCUUCGACGCAUCGAAGUAUGUGCGUAUGCUCUCACGCUACGAUAAUUAUGCUGCGGGCGGUGCCGUGCGCUCAGAUGUACUGAUGUCAGAGCGCCCUGGUGUCGAUGUCCCGAUGGAUGUGCUGGCACGCGACGGCACGUCGCAUGUCGUCGUCGUCAGCGAGCCGGCCUCGCUGCUGCCUGGCUACCGCGUGCUUGAAGCGCUGCGCCAGGAUGGCACGCUUGUGCUCAAUGCCGCCAAUUGGACGCCCGAGGACGUGCAAGGUGCUCUGUGCGCGGCCGACAAGGCCCUCUUGGCAUCGAAACGUGCCAAAGUCGUCGUGAUCGACGCGCAAGGCGUCGCACAGACGCUGCUGUCAGACAGCAAGGCACGCGGUACGGCGGCGGAUGUGGCGCCUGCCGUGCUUAUGUCGAGUGUGGCGGCAGCUGCGCCGCACCUCGGUCAGUGGGUGCCGCACACGCACCAGGCUCAGCCUGUGCGCACGGACGGAUGGAGUACGACGAGCGACGAGGUGCCGGAGCGCCAGACCCUGUCGUACAACGGAGUGCGUGCCAACACGGCGCUGGCCUCGGAUGGCGGCCAAGUCGUGCGUGCAUCGUGGGCGCUGGCGGCAUGGCAACUCAUGUUCCGCGAGGCGUACGGGCUGGAAGAAGCCGCGCUGCGUCCAGACCUGCCGGAAAAGACGUACAACGUCCGCGUGGCUGUGAACAAGCGCCUCACACCGCUGGACUACGACCGCUACCUGUUCCACAUGGAACUCGACACGACAGGCACGGGCCUGCGGUACGAAGUCGGUGAGGCGCUCGGCGUGCACGGCUGGAACGACGAGCACGAAGUGUCCGACUUUGUGCGGUGGUGCGGUUUCCAUCCAGACGAGCUGGUGUAUGUACCGAGCGUGACGCGCCCAGGCUCGUUUGAGACCCGCACCGUGUUCCAGACUCUGCAGCAGAACCUCGACAUCUUUGGCAAGCCGCCCAAGAGCUUCUUUGAGGCGCUAGGCAAAAUCGUGGAGAGCCAGGAUGAGGCUCGCUGGCUGCGCUUUAUCAGCUCAGGCGAAGGCAACUCGACGUUCAAGAAGCUGUCGGAUCUCGAGACGGUCACGUACGUCGAUGUCAUGCACAUGUUCCCGACAGCACGGGUGACCAUGGAUUGGCUCGUGAAGAAUGUCGAGCCGAUUAAGCCACGUCACUACUCCAUUGCCAGUGCGCAGGCGGCUGUGGGCGACUCUGUGCACCUACUCAUCGUGACGGUCGAUUGGAAGACGCCGCACGGUAGCCCGCGCUUUGGUCAGUGCACGCGCUAUCUGUCGGCUCUCAAGCCAGGCUCGAUGGUCACGGUCAGUCUCAAGCCCUCGGUCAUGAAGCUGCCACCCCUCGACUCGCAGCCGAUUAUUAUGGCUGGUCUGGGUACAGGCGCUGCGCCAUUCCGUGCCUUCUUGCAGGCCCGCGCGCUCAAGAAGAGCCAGGGCAUCGAAGUCGGUCCCAUGUACUACUACUUUGGCUCGCGUCAUCGCUCUAUGGAGUACCUGUACGGCGAGGAGCUGGAAGCGUACCUGCAUGAUGGUCUGCUGACGCACCUAGGCCUUGCUUUCUCGCGUGACCAGAAGAAGAAGGUGUACAUCCAGCACAAGAUCAUCGAAGACGGCAGGCAGCUCGUCAAGUUCCUCGUGCCGGACAUUGACGGCCAAGAGGUCAAGGAUGGCGACAAAGGUAUCUUUACACUAUGUGGUCCUGUCUGGCCCGUACCGGACAUCCAAGAGGCACUUGUCCAGGCCUUUAGCGAAUACGGCUGGGGCCGCGAGAAGGCCGAGAACAAGAUUGCCGAGCUCAAGGACGAUGAGCGCUACGUGCUCGAAGUCUACUAA